AACGGGUUUUCUCUCCUAUGGUUUGCAUAGAGAUAAGGGGUAGAGCUGAAGCUCCGAGCUUCCCUUUGUAAAAAUGGUGCUGCCCUAUGCCCUGUAGCGUGUGCUUCUCCCGGCGUGAUGGCACUGAGGAGGUGGCGGCCUUUGCAGCUGAGGAUCGUGGCUAGGGCAUUCACGGAAGCUGCUCAAGGUAUCAGAUGUAGUUCUUCUAUUCCCAGUUUCAGACCUUCUGCCAAAGAUGAAGUGGAUACAAGAGAAAAUGAGAUUGUUGCCCCUGACUUCGUUAACCGUAAUCCACGUAACUUGGAACAGUUAUCUCUAGCACGGAAAGAGCGAGGCUGGGGAACCACAUGGCCAAAACAAGAGUAUUGGAAUAGGUUACGACUUGAGCGAACACAGCAUCAUGUGGAGGCCUAUGUUGUGCACUGCAGUGGUCGCAUUGUGGUCUCUGCCUCCACUAAAGAGUGGGCCAUAAAAAAGCACCUUUAUAGUACUUCAGAUGUCACAGCCUGUGAGAAUGUGGGGCGUGUGCUAGCACAACGCUGUCUUGAAGCAGGAAUCAACUUUGUGGACAUUGGAGCUACAAUUCCAUGGGAAAAUCAUGGUGAGGCGGUCCAGAGAUUCCAAAAUGCUAUGACAGAGGGCGGUGUUGUACUGGAAGAACUGCGAAGAAUUUAUGAAUAAGUUGAAAAUUCAUAAGAAGAUGCUGAGAAAUACUUUAGAAAAACCUGCAAUUCUGUAUUUUUAGGGGAAACAAACACAUUUUCUUCCCAUGUUAGAAUGCUAUUGAAACAUUUUAUGUUAAAUAAAAAUCUAAUGAAAU